ACGGUGUCAAAACUAGUCAAGACACCUGCUUGGUGCACAUUUCCUUCCUUCCUAGUAGAUUGAUAUUUGUGGAUAUUGGCCGCAUUUCCUGAAAGAUGGGAGCGUGUAUGGCUUUAUGUUCACUUGCCAGCUGUGCCUCGUGCCUGUGCGGCUCGGCUCCGUGCCUGCUGUGUGGAUGCUGCCCCUCCUCCAACAACUCCACCAUCACGCGGCUGACCUUCUCCCUCUUCCUGCUCAUGGGCACCAUCGUCUCCAUCAUCAUGAUCCUGCCCGGCAUGGAGGCCGAGCUGCAGAAGAUCCCAGGCUUUUGUCAAGGAGGUACGUCUAUACCUAUACCGGGCGUCGACAACCUUGUGAACUGUGACACGGUCCUGGGUUACAAGGCGGUGUACAGGAUGUGUUUCGCCAUGACUUGCUUCUUCUUCCUCUUCUCCGUCAUCAUGAUCCGCGUGCGAAGCAGCAGGGACCCCCGCGGCUCCAUACAGAACGGAUUUUGGUUCUUCAAGUUCCUGAUCCUGGUGGGAAUCACCGUGGGCGCUUUCUUCAUCCCCGAUGGAACCUUUCAUAGUGUGUGGUUCUACUUCGGUAUCGUGGGUUCCUUCAUGUUCAUUCUGAUCCAGCUGAUCCUGCUCAUAGAUUUCGCCCACUCCUGGAACGAGAUCUGGGUCCGCAACGCAGAGGAGAGCGAUGGCAAGGGCUGGUAUGCAGCUCUGCUGGUGUUCACCAUCCUGUUCUACUCGCUGUCCUUUGCGGCCAUGGUGCUCCUGUAUGUGUACUACACCACGCCUGACGACUGCACAGAGCACAAGGUCUUCAUCAGCCUCAACCUCAUCUUCUGUGUCGGCAUAUCCAUCGUCUCCAUACUGCCCAAAGUCCAGGAUGCUUCUCCUCAGAGUGGUCUGCUGCAGUCCUCCCUUAUCAGCCUGUACACCAUGUAUGUCACCUGGUCAGCCAUGACUAACAACCCCAAUCGUGAGUGUAACCCUAGUCUGCUGAGUCUGAUCUCUCAUGCGAACACUACUGAGGUCUUGCCUACCAGCGCCCCUGGCCAGAUACAGUUGUGGGACGCACAAAGCAUCGUGGGAUUGGUCAUCUUCCUCUGCUGCACACUUUACGCCAGCAUCCGUUCGUCGAGCAACACGCAGGUGAACAAGCUGAUGCAGACGGAGGAGGGCACGUUUGGCGGCAGCGGGGGCGACGGGGAGGUGGGGGCGGACGGCCUGAAGCGCGCCGUGGACAACGAGGAGGAGGCCGUCUCCUACAGCUACUCCUUCUUCCACUUCCACCUCUGCCUGGCCUCGCUCUAUAUCAUGAUGACACUCACCAACUGGUACAGCCCGGACACCAAGACGCAUGUGAUGCAGAGCAGCAUGCCUGCGGUGUGGGUGAAGAUCAGCUCCAGCUGGCUUGGCCUGGGCCUGUACCUCUGGACGCUCGUCGCACCCCUCAUCUUCUCCGACCGAGACUUCAGCUGAGCCCGCCGCACUCAUACUGUAUAAACACAGACAUUAGACAUUAGCCUCCCCCAUCCUCCUUCUCGCUCUCUGCUUUGUGUGUGUGCGUGUGUGCGUGCGUGUGUGUGUGUGUGUGUGUGUGUGUGUGUGUGUGUGUGUGUGUGUGUGUGUGUGUGUGUGUGUGUGUGUGUGUGUGUGCGUCGCUAACUUACAUUUUGUUAUUAGCAGCAUGUGCCCAAAGCCUACCAUAGCACAUGAAGGAGGUAGUAAGGGUCCUUGCUGCUCCUAGCACUUACCUGGUACUACUUAUACUGUAUGUGUUCAUUUGGAAUAGUACUUCAGUAAAUCAUAUCCGAGUCGUUUGUGCUGUUUACUUUAUUUAGUUUGUGAAGGCCUUUUUAAGAUGCUGCAUUGCUUGUGUGCAGCUGUUUCCCUCCCCCGUGACUUCAUGCCGCAGUGCUCUAGUGCUGAGAAAAUUAUCCUUUUGUUUUGCCGGUGCGACAUUGUAAUAUUUCCCCCUAUUCCCUUAUUGCCACGUUCACGAGUUCCUCCUGAGAUUUCAAAUAACCACCUUCACCGAUAACUGGAGACUACGUACAGACAGCACACCGUUCAAUCCUCACACCCUAUUGAAGUCAAUAGUCACGGUACUGUACCACACAAAUAUGCAUUUCUAACUGCUGCUACUGAACCUACCAACCUACCUUAAUCAUCCGUCUCUCUCUCUCAGUUUCUGGUGCAUGCGUGUGUGUGUGUGUGUUGCGUGUGCAUGUACAUGUACGUGUGUAGAUUCCCGUAUCUACUGUGAUGCUUUUCCAUGCAGUUCAUGGACUUUGUCUUUCGUAGCAUUUCAAUAUCAGUCUCUCUCUCGCACUGCCACGUUGUCUUGUCAACAGUAGGCCAUUUGAGUCCAUGCAUGUGCGUGUGCUGCUGCGUGUUGUCAGUAGGCCAUUCCAGUGCACUGACUUGGCUUGUUUUUCUGUGUCAGGGUAGCACAUGGAGGGGGGGGGGGGGAGAGAAUCACCCAGUAUGAACCUCACUCGCCUCACCAUCCCCAUGCCACCCCACCACGUGUGUCCUCAAGGGGGGGGUGUCAACAAGCAAGCAAGAGAACCUGUUACUGUCAGGGUCAGGGGCACCUGUUUUUUUAUAGGGGGGGGGGGGGCUUCUCUCCCCUUCUCUCCCCUCUGGGGGAGCCUCAAGGCCACUGGCCGUGUCUGAGAGAGAGGAAGAGCCAGAUAGAGUGUGAGAGGGAGAGAUAAGGGUGUAGAGACACGCCCAACUCAUCUUCCCCUUGCUGUGUGCCUAUGUGCUCCUUAGACAGGGGUUGGGGGGGGCAAGUGAGUGUGUGGUUUAUCAUUAGAGAAGCCAUAGUCAGAUAGAGGAGGUAGAUAGACAGAGAGAGGUCAGAUAGUCAAAUUAGAUGACAGAGAACACCCAGAGAGGCUCCAGGUUACCUUGGAUGAUCUGUGUGCUGUGUUUUUUUGGGG